AUGUAUUUAACGGCCGAAACGGAUUUCGGGCUCAAUAUGCUCCGGAAUGGGCCCGUCAACGACUCUCUAGUCGUGUCGCCAAUCUCCGUGAUUUUCGCCUUGGCGAUGGUGCGAGCGGGUGCCAAGGGCCCUACGAAAUCUCAAAUUGAUUCCGUCAUCUCUAAAGGAGGGUCCGACAGGGAUAUUGAAGAGCAUUAUUCAAAGCUCUAUAACCAGAUCAUGAACGCGAAAAGGUUUAAAAUAGAAAAGGAAUACGAGGACGACGUUCAGAAAAAUCUUCACGCUAAAGUGGAAGCCUUGGAUUUUGUUAAAGCGAACGAAUCGGCUAAGGUUAUUGACGACUUCAUCAGUAAAACAACCGAAGGAAAAAUUCGGGAUAUGGUGAAGGAACGUGCUGUUCGAGGCGCUUCCGCACUUAUUGUCAACGCCAUCUAUUUUACGGCAGAAAUGGAAGAGCAAGUUCCCCGAAGGAUCCGUUUCAAGUGGAACAUUUUACAGCGCCACAGGAAACGAAAAAAAGGUAAAAUACUUGAGUGA